CCGACAUACAGCGCCCAACAUCCGGCAUGGACCUUCGUUUGAAAGUCGAGACUAAGAUUCAGGAGAAAAAGUAUGGUUACCUGCUGGAAGAAUUAAACCUCAACAUGAGCCACAAAAGACUCAGAUUCGAUCUGAAUCCUCGAGUGGAAGAAAUGAGAGCAAUGUCACUACAGCACCAUCUCCAGACACCAACCAGAAACACUCAGAAAGCACAACCGCCAACCUGGGGACAACUUAAGAAAUUAACCCAUGAUGCUGAGAAGCUGCUGGGCUUCACUAGACACGACUUUAUGGCUGGUAGUAUGUUUCUAGCCAUGCUGGCUGUAACAGCCACUUCAGCAGACAUUUAAUCUACAGAAUUGGGCAUAUAUGCCUUCACCAACUUAUGUUAAUGAAUCUAGAUGGCUUCCCGGUCUAUAUAACACACAGGGAACAUUAAUUACAACAGAAAGUCAAGAGGAUAAAAUACAAAAUGUACAUAUUUUUUGUAGAUAAAAGAUUCUAUUCCUUCCAAAACUUUACUAAGAGA